AUGAAAAAACGGGCGAGCAUCACAAACGUCGAGUUGGAGGAAAUCGUUUUCAUAUUGCUGAACUGUCUGGACGAAGAAAAAAAAAGAAACCGAGAAAUUAUCAACACACUUAAAAUAUAUCUCUUGUACCACAAGGGACAAAUCCUCAACUACGUGUUUUCCUUUUUGCAAAUUCAGAAAGUUAGUCACGAAAAUCAAAAGUUGCUACUCUGCUUGGUUCACGACUUUGUUCACUAUUGCAUUCAUAAUCGCUUUAGCAACACUGUUGAUGAGUACCUGGACGAGGUGAGAAGGAAUGAAACAGAAAAGGAGAAAAGGGUGUCCACACAAAAGGGGAGGACUCACAAAUUUAAGGACGUACACAUCUUUGACAACAUUUUAAAGUACUCCUUCUUUGAUGGAGAUGAGUAUUGUUUUGUGUUUCAGGAUCUCCCCGAGGGGAGAUUUCCUCCAGACGCACUUCCACUGCAAGGUGACGCGGAUGAGAGGGGACCUCUCCAGCAAGAAAACAAUGGAACCGCUUCUUCCCCAAAGGAAAGCCUAAACUUUGCAACUGAUGGGAACCACAUGGAGAGAAUUAUAAGAAGAAUAAAAAAGCAAAAGGAGAGCAUCUUCCAUCAGGAUAAAAUCGCAAAGCUCCUAUGCCUCAAAAAGGAGGAAUACAAAACAGCUGUGAUAGGCAAAACGAAUGCCCCCCAGAAAUCAAAUCAGGGCACAUCUCUACAGAGAAGUGUCCACCACUGGAGCGGAGGUAAUCACACACAGAAUGGCAAGGAAACUUCCGAAAUAAAUAACAUCAUCAGAAAUAUAAUUGACUUCCUGCUGAACGAAAUUCUGUUCAUUAAGAGGGACGACGAGCGACACGGGAUCAUGACCAAGCUGCUCAUUCUUUGCGUCGUGAGGGAGGACGCUUAUUUGAAGAAAAAGCUCGUGGAGAAGCUGAACGGAUGUCUGCGCGUGGGGGGGGCUGUCGUCCCUGUGAGGGACUCCCACGAGGGGGAAGGAAAAACGACUAACGAUAAAGUGUGUGACGAAAAAGUCAGGAAUGACAACGUGAGGAACGAAAAAGUGUGUGGCGACAUAGUGAGCAAUGAUAAACUGAGGAACCCCAAACCCAGGGAGGACUUUCCCGGGAGGGGGGGCAACCCCAAGCUGUGCGCCUACCUGGAGCUCUACAUCGACCUCUUCACGCAGGUACCGCACCUGACCAAAAACGUCCUGAACGAAUUCUUCAACGCGAUCCUUUCUCUGGGUCAGAGCACCAGGCAUGCAGAUCUAACUUACAAAAUUAUGACCGAAAUAUUUCAAGACAUUCAAUUCCCCUCAGUUCUGUAUACAAUCAUUAGCAUGAACACGAAAUAUAAGAGGAAGAACUUUAUCAUCCCAAAUGAGCACCACACCAAUGUGUACCUUGAAAACGACAUAAUUCAUUUGUCUCUGGAGAACACCAGCGAUGACACAUGCACAACGUAUACCAGGGAGUCGUCCCUAAAUUCGAACUUCCUCAGGAGGAAUAACCACUCGGUGAAGGAUAACCACCCAGGGAAGAAUAACGAUCCGGGUAUUCUCCGUGACAACAUUAGACUGGCCAACCUGCACAGACUCAGGGAGGGGGCAAAGAAAAGUAAAUUCACUUCCUAUAUGGACCACUCCUCUGAACACACAUCGAAGAAUGAAUCCCCACGUGACGUAUUCUAUGACGCGCACAAUGGCGAAUUGGGGCGAGAUGGGUGGGAUAUUCCCCUUGGGGAAGAAUGCUCCCAAGAGAGAGGCAGUGAUAGCAGGACCCAGUUGAGCAAGGAUGCCUCCAAAGGUAAACACGACCUGGUGAAGGCCGUCCAUGGAGGGGCAAAACCAACCCAGCAUGCUUCCGAAAAAUUUCGAAACGAAUCGGAAGGGUCAGAAAAGUACUACACGGUUAAGAACUGGAGGGAAGAGGCGGUCUGCCAGGUGCCAAAGCGAAAUAGGGGGAGUCGCAAAGGAAGGGCUGAUCUUCCCGGUGAGAAAGGAGUCCUCUCCUCGUCGUCUUUUGCCUCGUCCGCAUUUGCCUCGUCCCCCUUUCCCGCCCAACGCAUCGGUGAGAAGGAACGAAAAAAGACGGAAGAAAUUAAAUCGGUGUGCACAAAAAUGUUAGCCCUAUACCUUAGCAUCCUUCCGACCUUGAAGCAAUGCAGCGAAAAUUAUAACAAGGUUCUUUACAUCAUAUCGAAGUUGGUUCUCUAUGUAAGCAAUGACGAAAUGAUGAAGCAGGUGGUUGAAGUAUACAUCCAUUACUUCCUCCUUUUCUUCCACUCCACCAUUAACAACGCUGCUAUUAGUGACCUCUCGGGGAUCUACAACAAAGACUUAGAGGUUCACAUAAACUACAGCAAUGUAAAGGGGGUGCCACAGUACAAUAUAAUUAAUAGCUUCCGAAUCGUUCUUCAGGGAUGUCUGCCGAAGAUACAUCUCAUCGUCGGUUUCGCUAACCACAUUCUGAAGGUGGCCUAUGCCAUUCUAUUUAUCAUGAUUAAUCAAAACUACACUAUGAAUAACGCCAAGGGGGUAGUAGACUACAUAACUUCCAAUGUGUAUGUUUCCACUUUUAUUGAAACGAUGGAGAUAUUCAAUAUCUUCAUAACUUGUGCCUAUACAAAUAAUUUUGUUUUUAAUUUGAUCAGGGAGAAAAUGAAGUCAAACAUAAAGGUAGAAGUCAUCGUUUCACUGACUCUAUUGAGACAGUACCUUUUGCUCAUAUCAGGGGAUAUAGGCAGUGGUAAUAUAGUCCACCUUUCAAAUCAGAACAUUAGGACAAAACGGGGUUCUUACAAGAAGUGCUUCAAACGAUUAAAUAGCUUCAUCACUGACACGAAUAGGACUAACACCAGUAACGUCGAAUUGGUCAUACAAAUGGUGGCAAAUUUAUCCGAUAGGUUUAGCAACGAUUUGAGUAUCAUUUAUAUGCUUCUAGAGAUUGACCUAAUUUUGUCGUAUCACCAUCAUUUUGAUUCCUUCUCAUUCAACCCGAGUGUCAUUCUGGGGCUACUCCCUCGGGUUAGCAGCCCCCUCUGCGACUUGUACAUGGUGUGCGAGGGACCCGGUGGUAGGGGGAGGAGAAGUGGAAAAAACGGGAGAAGUAGAAGAAGUGGAAAAUGUGUGAAUGAGGGAAGCGUCUCUCCACUUGGGGAGGCUUCCUCGCUUCCCGCCAAGGGCGACCAACCAGACGAGCGCAUAAACACCAUGGGGCACCACGACCAGGAAAUUAAAACGUGGUUACUCAUUCCAAACAGACACGUAAUCAAAAUAAUGCACUUCCUAAUUAACAUCCUGCUGAGUGAAGAAUCAAAAUUUAAAAAGCAAAAUAAAAAAUAUGGAUAUUCGGUUGACGACAAUGGCACCAUCAUAGACAUAAACAGAAGCUCCAAUGAGGUUUUAAAAAACGGAUUUAAUCACAACAGGAUGUUUUUUGAUAUACACUGGAACUUUUUCAUAUUCAUGUACCCUUCAGUUCCUUACAUAAAGAACCUAAUCUCGCUAGCGUUGGAGAAGCAUUUCUGUUUUUACUCUCCUAGAGUGCUGUACCCUCUCUUGUUCGAAUUAUUGGUGGAUGUAAAAAGGAGCCUCAGAAUCGUAGUAUCCAUUUUGAAGACACUCAACAUUAUGUGUAUACUUCUACACAAUCACAUGGUGAAGAAACAUUUGAGACUUCACUCCAGAUUACAUUAUAAUUACUUAGUGUUGCCAAAUAUGAGCAAUAUCAUUUCGGUUCUGUUUAUGUACUGCACCCACUCCGACUUUGUUGUUUCCUUCCUCAGUCUGCAACUCAUUUCUAUCUUGAGGAGCUUCACUCAAGGGAAGAGCAUCACCUCUGUGCAGAGCUUCGCCUACUUUGAGUUGCUUCUCAGUUCUGUCAGACUAAGCAAUGAGGGUGUGAAUGGGGCUGUGAAUGAGGCUGCGAAUGAGGCUGUGGAUCAGUUUGUGGAUCGCAAGGGGGGGACCGCUCCUCUCACUGGGGAUAGUCUAUGCAGUAAGAAAAUUCUCAAACGUAUAAUUGCACUUACCAGAGGGGGGAAGAAAAGGUCUAUAAGACAAGUUGCAGCGGCGACGCGGGCGAGAUACUACCGCUCUAUAAUUAAAAUGACCUACAGGGAGAUAGCGAAACGGAUUAGCAAGAGAGUGCUGAACGUUUGUUUGAAUGUCAACUGCGGCGGUCGCCGCAAGAGUUGGCGGCGGAAAGUCCGCGCCAUUGCCAGACACUACUUUAACGUGGAUUUGGGGGCACUUGCCGCGAGCCCAGACGGGAUGGCCGCCACUGUUAGAUCUGCCAAUGUUACAUCCGCCAACGUGACAUACGCCAACGUGAUCCCCGUAAACAUGAGCGUCCCGUUCAGCCUGGACAUGGGGGGGCUAAUGGGCACGAACGCCGACGGAGACGGCGAGGCGACCACAUUCCACGCCGCCCUGGAGUCAAUGAGCUGCCACUUCACUCGAAUCCUACGACUAAUGCAGACCUUCUUUCGAAGCUACGUCAAAGUGGAAAUAGACAGGAUAUACAACUACCAAAGUUACGUGGUCACCUUCUUUUACGCACUCGUGGAGUUGAUUCGGCUCGUCAAAGGCAAUCCCGAAUUUGAGAACACACUUAUGUACCUAAGUGUCGUCAACCUACUGUGCGUAAUCAUCAGACAGUUCAGUGACAAAUAUGCAAACAAAAUGAUUACCAUUUUUUUUAAGCUCAACGAAGAAGUAGCUGUGAACGAGGAGGAAAACUUGUUCCUAACGCUCUAUAUGAAUUUUUCUACUAUAUAUAGAAGCCACUUUUUUAAUUUAUACAGAGAGAAAUGUACCACUGUAUAUAUGAAGAAUUGCAUUGAGUGCAUUCAGCUAAUGAGAGCGGACUCUUUGUCCUACGAGAGGAGCAGCACUGAGAACCAACUAGAUUUAAACAACUUCAUGUUGUUAUCGAAUAAGUACAGUACUGAUAUGUCUAGGGAGAAAAACGUGGGCCGUUUUUUGCACUACCUCAAUGAAUACCAGGCUGUUUACAGAGCAAGACUGCUACAGUUUGGAGUGUGCUCCGAGGGGAGAGACCACCAUGGGAAAGCGGAAAGGGGGGAAAUUGAUCUAAAGAGGAACCCAUCCAGAGGAGAAAAACCCCACGAUGGGGUACAAAAUAGCGGAGUACAGUCAACUACGCUACAAGUGAAUCACCAAGAUGAUUUAAAAAAACGUCUCUAUCAAAGUAACGAAGUGGUGAAAAAAUCCUACCAGCUACUGGAAGAUAAACUAGGAUCUUACCUCCUCCAAAACGACAUCAGCUUCCCCAUAAGCAAACCCUUCCAGCAGGAUGUCACUGCCUACUACAUACAGAGCAUACUGCACAAAGACAACCUCUUCCUCGUCCUCUUCCUACUAAACAAUAUAUACCACUCAGAUGUAGCAAAUAGAAAAACUAGCGCCUUUUCAAUCUUUGGAAAAUCAAGCAAUGUGAUAAAUGCAGAGAAUAUAAGAAGCACGUUGGUAUUAACAAUGGGAAAGUGUCUGAGGAAGGUUCCCUCCUCAAAGGUUCGAGACCUAUCCAUAAUUCGAGACGUCUACCUGAACGAAAAAAUAUUUAUCAUUUAUAUUAAACAUGUGUAUGUUCCUCUAGUUAGAUAUACCACCUCUUUGGGCAAUGCAAUAUACGGGAAGGACGACUCCGUCUUGAAUGAGGAACAUAUUGUCAGGGAGGUUCUUUCCAACAAGCAGAGGUACGUGGAUCUACGAUACAAGGAAGAGAUAAAAAUGAACGCGCUCAUUAGGAGGGACCUCCUCUCCGAGUUCGAAAAGAAGGAAAGCGGGUCGUCUUCCCCGUAUGGAUUAUCUCCCACCAUGUGUGGUAACGUGGCGACGCUGGGGGGGACACCUACCGCCAAGGGCAGCGGGACCUCCAACACCGACGCCACCGCUAACACCACCGCUAACCGCGACAGGGCGCACCCGGCGAGGGACGCAGCAGACCUGUGGAAGCGCCUUCCCAAUGAAAAAAUCAACCUACUCGUAUUCCAGCUUCUAGUCGACCCAAUUAUCUGCUCCCUCUACGAGGAAAAGGAAACGACUCUACAGGCGAGCUUGCUCAGAGCGGUGAAAAUGGUAUCGAAAAAGCUAAAGUGCAUUAGGGUACCUGUCACCAACACGGUAGACAUGCCAACCGAAUGGUGCUCCAUCGAAGAUGUGUGUAACCACUACUUGAGAGAAAAUCUGAAUGACGUCCCAUUUUACUCCUGCCUCUAUAUAUACAAAUACAUAAUUAUGCACUGGGCUUUAUAUUACCUAGACAACUUUGACGACCAGAAGCUGCCCAUCAGCAAUAUAACCUUUACCGGGGUGGAAAAGUUUGCCCUCUACUUUAAACAAGCGGAGAGUAUAAUUAUGAAUCAAAGCGAGCAGCAACUUAGGGAGGAUUUAAAAACAAACGAAUCAAAUGAAGAGACGAACAAGUACAACUCGGAGGAGAUGCAUCUGGAGAAAGAACAGCACAUCAUUGACGAAAUUGACAAGUGGGGGAAAAUGAUGGACUGGAAGGACAGAAAAAGUCACAAAACAUCAGAUAGGGUAAUUUAUAAUGACUAUUUUUCCGACCUGGUGAAGGAAAGGGGCACAAGGAAGGACUCCAGACAGGGGGAGACAACCCCGGCGUACUCAACCCUGGGGUACCCACCGGGGUACUCAACCCCGAGUGAGCCUCAUCUAGACAUACACAGUGAUACCUACACAAAUUUGAAGAAUGCACUGAAGAGCAUACAUUACUGCCUUUUUGUCCAAGAACCCAUGCAGUUCCAGUCAGCAUUUAUCAUCGUACAUGUCUUAACAAACUUGCUCUUGAAAGUUGUGUUAAAUGAGAGGAAGCAGAUUUAUCGCAAGUGGCACGAGGGUAUAGAAGUGGCAGGGCAGAAUGCACAUACGGCAGGGCAAAAUGCAGAUGUGGCUUCGCACAAUGCAGAUGAAUUGGCGAGAAAUGAAGACGUGGCCGUGAAAGACUCAUCUGUCAAGUUGAACACAUCUCAUAUGCGGAGUGACCAUCCCAAGGAAAAGCAAAAAAAGAAUAGUGCCAACAUUUCAAAGAGAAAAGAAACCAUACCCAAGGGGAAGUUGGAGAAAGAGAAAAAACGUCAAGAAGGGACGAACAAUAGGAAUGGGACAAAGCGGGCCAACAAGCGCAUCGGAGGGAUGCCAAAUGGUGAGGAACAGAUGGAGCAUCAUGGUGGUGCCACUUCUUCACAGUCUGUUCAUCAUGGGACAAAAGAUGGAAGGGCCAAAUGGGACGGAGGGGGAAAGAGUCAAAGUGGCGCGGAUGAAGACGCGCCUUGUAACAGCAUCAUACCGGAUGAACUUUUCACCGGGUUGACGAAGGAAAAAAAGAAAAGAAAAAACGCAAAGAAGACCGAAAAGGGACACAAUAAAGGGCACACAAAUGUUCCCCCCAGAGCGAACCAACGGGAAAGCAAAAUGCUUCACACGAACAACAAAACGUUCUGCAACCUAAGGAAGUACCAAGGCGCUGCCUUGUCCUGUCUGAACCUCAUCACGUCCAUCAUCGUCAAAGCGGCCCUACAUUUGGAUUGCUUCCCCCUGCAGUUUAAGCUAAUGAAGUACCUACACGACACCUGCGUGGCGACAGACAUAGCAGAAGUUAAGUUCCUAUCGUUCCGGAUCUUAUCUGAGAUAGUUAUUAAUGCUGCCAGGGUGAGGAGCCACAACGGAAAGAGUAGGUUAGUGCCUCUCUAUGGAGCUCCUCGCGCGGAGGCUGCUCAAACGGGACACCUGAAAGUAUGUAGGUCAAGUGAAAAAAGGCACCACCAUGAAGAUGCAAUAAAAGGGGACAAGUCCAAAGAAAAUGGAAAUGAGGUUGAAGAAACCCAUGCAGGAGGCAGAAAAAAUGGAAACGACCACGAUGGGAAGAAUCUCUUACCAUGUAACUCCUCAAACUUUGAGAAGUAUUUCAAUUUGAUUCUUUCCUCCAGUGGGAACAUAUCUUAUGGAAAUUUUUUCGAUGCGAAUGAUGAGCGCGGGGGGACGCCAAAUCGAAAUGAGGGAAACUACGGGAGCGGUAAAAACAGCGAAAAAAGUGGAGAUGGAGGGAGAAGUACCGGACGGGGAUGGGCAGAUGUACGGAAACACUCAAACGAACACUACCUUGACAGGGCCAGCAACGCAGAGAGUAACGCGAUAAAAGAGACAACAAAUGGAGGAGUAGGGGGAAAUCACCUGCACAGGGCAGGGACAACUCUACGUGACGAACGCGGUGAGGAAGGAAACUUAAACGACAACACGGGUAGCGACAAGGGGGACGAAUUCAGCAUCAUGUGUGACCCCUCUCAUGGGGACAGUCCUCCCUGUCUGGAUCCACCAAAAGGAAAGACGCGAGGGAGAAGUCUGUCAGGGGGAGGGGUCGACCAUGUCCCACGAAUGGAUGAAGAGGAAUCCCUCCAAGGAAAAAACAGUGAGGCACGGAACGAAGCGAAGAACGAAGAGAAGAACGAAGGGAGGAACAAUGCGAAGAACGAAGCGAAGAACGAAGCGAAGAAUGAAUCGAAGUGCGAACGCAAUUACGUGUGCGAGUGCAUAGGGAUGCUCAUCCCUUACGUUAAAGACCCCGAAAGAAUCAUUAGCUACUUGACCGUGUGCUCCGUCUGCGCGCUGCUCGCCAAGGUGCAAAGGGGCAGAAUGCUGUCGAACUCGCACUUCGUUUACUUUUUUUUCAAUCCAAUAGAAGUUAUUUUGGAUGUUCUGUCCAGCCCCAUGACGAAUCGCCAGAGAGGCAGAAAGGCGAACAGAGGGGUGCAAAGGGAAAGGGCCAACGGGGGGGGGCAAACUUAUGGAUGCAAAAGCAACACCGGGGAGGGGCAACUUCUUGGGGAAAUUAGGAACAUCCGGGAAGAGGACCCCACCAACCAACGGAACAGAUGCGCUGCAAAUUGCGAUGAGCACCCGAUCGAAGAAACGUUCAAAGAUGAAGGAGAGGGAAUAAACGACAAGACAUGCGGCAGUGUUGGAGGCGGCAGCGGUGGGGAAGAUGAAGUAGGAGAAAUGACCUGCGAAGGGUCAAAAGUUAAGAAGCAGGAUCUAAAUGGUCGCCAUGCGCUAGAAUAUCAUCCCGACGAACAUCAUCCCCGCGAACCUCAUCGUCGGCGUGGCCCCCCAGUCACCCCAUGUCUGAGUUACAGAAAUAUCAGGAGGAACAUCCGCACUGUAGAAUUGCACAACAAGUUUCACGUCAAGGUGGGAAUGAGGAUAAGGGAAAUCAACUCGGGAAGUUACGAGACCCGUUUUAUUAAAAAAUUGGGCCAUCUUAUGACCAAGACAAGGAAAGAAAUAAACCUGUACAAAGUUAUAAGUGAUGUGAUUAGGGAGAUGAUUUCCAGUGAGGAGAAGAAAUCCUAUAUCAACUGCCUCAUUAGUUGUAUUCAUAACAAGAACAGGCAGGUGGCGAUUAGUGGACUCAACCUUCUCAUGUACCACACAUGGACCGAACGAAUCAGCCAUCAGGAUAUUGAUAUAAUAAUGAAUAGGGUGCUUAAUGAGGUGCACUACUACACAAAGGUGAAUGUUUUGAACGGGCUAGGGCAAAGCCUCCCAAGUGGAUCUUUCAGCAAGACGCCGACCCCCCGGGGCAUGGACGAGCCGAACAACACGUUAGAGGCAUACCGUAAUAUGUCCAAGGCGCAGCAGAGGCUUAAGGGCCCAAGUAAGGACAGAAGCAACGAUCAUCUUCAUGACCGAAGAAACGAACGAACUGAUAACCGAACUGAUAACCGAAUUAAUAACCCAAACAUCCUGGAGAGGACCCUACGCAUAAUCCUACUUCUGUGCAAAACACACCCCUACGUAGUGGUGAACAAACUGUGCACACUCAAGUCCAAGUACAGUUACGAGCACGUCUACUUUAUCUAUAUGAUUUGCAACAACGAGACGUUGCUACAUAAAACGAUGGAUUACUUGUUCUAUUUAAUGAACAACCUAGACACACUUAAGCUGACGAAAAAUUUGAGCAACAUCCUUUCGUUGGUAUUCCACUUCCUCAAGUUUCGAAAUGGCUACAUAAGGGACUACACAAGGAGGUACUUUAUCGAGUUAUUUAUAAUUAUGUUUUAUGUCCUUGGAGUGAAGCAGCUGGGUCAUAUGAGUGGGGUUGUGGUGAGCUCUCCUCAUGCGAGCUCGGGCAGGGCAGAUAAGGCAUUUGCCGCAGGUCGAUUACUCGAUAGGAAGCAGCUUCUGGAAGGGGAAGCGCAACGGGGGUGCCACCUCACCGAUCGGGGCCAAGCGGACAAGACAGAAGAGGCAACGGGGGUCAGUGCCCCGGAACUGACGGAGCACUUACAUCAAACUCACCAGAGAGAGGAUCCAAAUGUGCCAGUUUCUGGGAUAUUCCAGGAAAGGAGGGAAGUUCCGGGAAAAAGCGACGAGAAAGGGGCGCCCAUCCACAGCACACUGCCCCACGAAGGAAAUAGGCAGGACGCCACCCCCCCACGCGUAGACAACGAUGACACCUUUCAAAACAUGAUCAACGGGUCCCCAUUUUUUGUUAGAAGGAACAGCAUACUUCGCAGUAGGGACGUGAAGAAGGUCUCCAAAAGAGAGUUCAACAGAAAAAUUUACCAAAACUACACCUGCAUCAUAAGCGUGAAUAACACCGUGAACUGUUUGAGCAUUAUAAAGGAGCUGCUAAAGCUAAAUAGGAGGAAGAGGAUCCUUAAGCGCAUCGAGGAAGGGAAGGUGGAGAAGCUCCUAUACUACAAGCACUCGUUCGAGAACGGGCUAAUCCAUUUGAUGCACAUUUUUUUGAGCAGUCUCGGGGAGAGCGGCGUGAGAGCAGCCACCAACGAGAAGCGCAGCAUGACCUACCCCCCCUUCGAACGUGGCUACUGCCGGAAGGUGUUCAACUUCUUGGAGAUCUUCCUCAAAAGCAAAAACCUAAAUUACGUCAUUAUCUCUCUAGUCGCUCUUUCGCAGCUGCUCCUCUGCAUGCGCAUAGAACCAGAAAACUUGAAAUUAGUAGACCCCAUAAUUAACGUCCUUUACCAUGUGAACUGUGCACACAAAAACGACGUGGUGACAAAGUACCUACAUCUGUGUUUCACGAACCUGUUCAUCCUUUUUAAAGCUAUCAAGAAGUAUCAAUUCGAAAUGGGUUCUGAACAACCCAUCCCUCUGCUAAUCAAAGAGGAAUACACCAUAAACAUACUUAACUCUCUUUUUGUAAACCUAGACAAUAGUGACCGAAACCUAGUUAAGGUCACGUUGAAGGCUUUCAAGGAGGCAUGCAAGUAUGCUCGUGCGCAGUGGCCGUCUCCGCUCUGUGGUUCCUACGUCAAAAUUUUAACCACCCCCUCAGUUGUUCUUCCUUACUUGAAUAGUAGUGAGGGGACGGAGAAGAUACUCAUGUGUGGGAUUCUGCGCGAGAUUUUUAAGACCCUCCGUUGGGAGAGGCUACACAUGAGAGGCGAGUCUGGAGCACCAACUCAGGGAGAAAGGACUCCUAAAGAACAGUCCUCCUGGUCAAACACACAAACAGCCAAUCUGCCGAAGAAGCACUUGUACGAAAUCGCCACCUACCUGAUGAUUCACCUGGUGGACAAAAGGAAAAACGUCUCGGCCAACGUGUGGACAACUUUGAAGGAGCUCCUCAGGUGGAAGUUCUCUCACCACGUGAAUGACACGUUGUUAUAUUUUGACCGAAAGCUGUUCCUCCCCAACAGGUCCGAAGUGGACACAGUCAGUCGAAUCAACAUACAGAGGGAGUACUUCAAACGUGCGAGUGGAGAUGAAUGGGAAAAGGUGACAGCGGAGGGGGCCGACUACAACUACUUCGCUAAGGGGUUCGCUUUGGAGGAGAAAAGCGGCUCAAAGGGAGAAAUAAACAUCGGUAUGUUAAGCGGCGUGCCUCCAGGUGGGCCUACGGGUGGGCACAUUAACGAUGUGGAGAAUGCGCAUUCACCGAAGGUGACCCCUCAUAGCAGGGACACCACUGGGGAGCGGCGCAAGGAGGGGAAGAAGAACAAAAGAAACUCAGUUAACAGUGCCGUCAACAGUGCCGCCAACAAAUCGGAUGAAGAGAGCCAUAUGAGCCAAGCGUACAGUUCUUCUGAGAUGAAGAAAGAAAAGAUCAACCCGCAUUACUACAAACUUCUUGUGGAGAUUUGCAUCCCCCUUAUUAUAUGCACCGACACGAAGGUGUCUCUCAAGAGGAAUCUCUUCACCGAAUUGAAUAGCUACUUGUACGGAGCUGACUUAGACUCAAACGAUGAAGACAAUAGCAGCUUGCUCAACGUAAAGAACGAGAGUGACAGAUUGCAACAGAUAUUCUUUACAAAUCUGAAGAUGAACCUAAACAACAUCAACAGUGUGUACAGAGCUUAUAUUAUCCUCCUCAGCAGCAGAAGUUAUUUGGGGACAAACAUAUGGAAUUCGAACAUCGCAAUUAACGACGACAUUGAAAAAAUGAUAAGUGAGUAUGAAGUGAGAAGCACCAAGUCGAGGGCAGAGCAUGUGCUCUUUGGGGACUUAAGAAAUUAUGUACACACGCGGAGGAGAAGAGAAAGAAGAGAAAACAUAGAAAGAAUAGAAACACGUGAGAGGAAAAAAGACAAAAAUAAAAGACAAAAGGAUCCCAGUAGGGAUGAUGCUAUGCAAAAAAGUAUCACCUCCGUCUUGACCGACUCGAUAUUGAGCACUCUCUCUGGGACCUUCAACUAUUCUUACGACGGCGCCUUUUUCAACAGCCUUAGUGUUAGUGGCAGCGUCGAGGCGGAAUAUAACCACCGGGGGAAUGAUUCAAUAAAUGGGGAUGCCAAAAGAGAGCCUCACAUUUGCAGCCGCGGCGAUUGGAGGCAUCAGGCGAUUCAUGCGAUUAAGAGAGGUGAUUGUGCCCCCUCAAAUGGGAAUUCCUCCAGCGAUGCGGACGUGCGUAAAGGAGAAAAACCAAAAGAGGGCCCUUCCCAGCAAGGUAGGGUUAUCAGCACGCAAAACUUAUCAAACCGCGAAAAUAGGAAGGACCAUUCUGCGAUCGGACCAAACGGAGAGCCAACUUGUGAUGAAGGACAAAGGGAAGAGCUGCUGGAAGACGGGCACGGCACCCCCCUCCAAAAGGAGUUCCCCUCCCUGGAAUAUAAGAGAAGCGGCUCGUUCGACCCGGGGGAGGGUCUGUCCAAUGAGAACUACGCCAAUUUUGUUUCGAGCAGCGACGAGGGGGAGGAGCCAUUGGGGAAAGCGGCAUUGGGAAAGGCGGCAUUGGGGAAAGCUGCAGGUGCCGAUGAAGGGUGUUCAGACGCCUCUGAUAAAAACGCCCCUGAUAAAAACGCCCCUGAUAAACACGCCCCUGAUAAACACGCCCCUGACAAAGACCCCCCUGACAAAGACUUCUCAGUAGAAGGAGUUUCGCCCCCCGCCGAACUGCUCAACUACACGCCGGGGGACCGAAACGCGAAGCAAUUCCUGAGGCGAAAAUUUGCCAAAAUACAGCUGCUCAACCAAAAGUACAAUUUUGUCGAUAAUUUCAAAACAGUGCUGAAUUUAAAAAUAGAGACAAGCCUGUUGCAGUGGAUUGAAAUGCUGAAGUUUCUGAAGGAAGACCCCCCUGAGUUUGUUCUCUCCAAAGAAAUAAAAGCUGCUCACUUGUCCGAUUUUUUCGAGUCCGCUUUAAUAUGCGCACUGUCAGUUAUCAAAUUCGUUUCGCUCUCAUUGGAUUGUAGGAAGCUGCAUCGGGUGACCUUGAAAAGUAUGAGGAGGGAAGUUCAAACCACGGGGGACGCACAGAAUUUGAAUGUAAAAGUGGACGGAGUAGGAGAACAGGAGCCCCACUCCUACCUGCAGGAUCAUAUAGAAGAAACCUAUCUCAUUCAGUUGCUGUCUAUCUGCACGAAACUGGAAGCCCUUUGCUCUUCCAUCAGCAAGCAGCUCUGCGCCUUUUUGCAGGAGGAGCGGACGCCGGAGCAGUUGCCGAUCAUUAGGGCCCUAGCCACGCUCUCCAUCUUGAAGCCCUCCCCCUAG